UAUUUGGAUUUGGAUUACACACAGACCAGCCCUUCUCUUUUCACUCGUCUCUCUCUUUUCUGGCCGCGCUCUUAUUCAACCUUCUCUCCGGCGCCACCCUUCUGCCCCUCUUCUCCUCUCAGGCUCUGUGCUUUGGAUUUGGGCUGUCACUCAUAUCGACCGCUCCUCUUUUGAGCAUAAGCAUGGAGGAAGAGGAUGAUUAUGUUGAAUAUGUGCCUGUGGCAAAGAGGAGAGCAAUGGAAGCUCAGAAAAUCCUUCAGCGCAAGGGAGCGUCUUCCACCGUUGAAGAUGAGUUGGAGAAAUCUAAAGAAGCUGAAGCCAAACCGAGUCUUCUUGUGAAAGCAUCCCAGUUGAAGCGAGAUGCUCCUGAGAUUAGUCCAACGGAACAGAUUGUGCAGCAGGAGAAAGAAAUGAUCGAGCACCUAUCGGAUCGGAAAACUCUAAUGUCUGUUCGUGAAUUGGCAAAGGGGAUAACCUAUACAGAUCCUUUGCCAACGGGUUGGAAGCCGCCAUUGCCGAUCAGAAGGAUGUCGACGAAGCAGUGUGAUGCAAUUCGAAAGCAGUGGCACAUCAUAGUGGAUGGGGACAAUGUACCCCCACCGAUUAAAAAUUUCAAGGAUAUGAGGUUUCCUGAACCAAUUUUGAAGAUGUUGAAAGCCAAGGGGAUUGUUCAACCGACCCCCAUUCAGGUGCAAGGUCUUCCCGUGAUUUUAUCCGGAAGGGAUAUGAUAGGGAUUGCUUUUACUGGUUCAGGGAAGACAUUGGUUUUUGUGCUUCCCCUGAUCAUGGUUGCAUUACAAGAGGAGAUUAUGAUGCCGAUUGCUCCAGGGGAAGGGCCAUAUGGUCUGAUUAUUUGCCCAUCUAGAGAGCUGGCCAGGCAGACUUAUGAAGUGGUGGAACAAUUUUUAGCUCCUAUGAGAGAAGCUGGAUAUCCAGAACUGAGGCCAUUGCUAUGUAUUGGUGGAGUGGAUAUGCGAUCACAGUUGGAUAUUGUGAAGAAGGGCGUUCAUAUUGUAGUUGCUACUCCUGGAAGGUUGAAGGAUAUGUUGGCAAAGAAAAAAAUGAGUCUUGACAGUUGCAGGUAUCUCACCCUUGAUGAAGCCGAUAGACUGGUAGAUUUGGGGUUUGAAGAUGACAUAAGAGAAGUGUUUGAUCACUUCAAAGAUCAACGACAAACUCUCUUGUUCUCUGCCACCAUGCCUGCCAAAAUUCAGAACUUUGCCAGAAGUGCUUUGGUAAAGCCUGUCACAGUUAAUGUAGGAAGAGCAGGGGCUGCUAACCUUGACGUAAUUCAGGAGGUUGAGUAUGUCAAGCAAGAGGCAAAGAUUGUAUAUCUUCUUGAAUGCUUACAGAAAACCCCACCACCCGUUCUAAUAUUCUGUGAAAACAAAGCUGAUGUGGAUGACAUUCAUGAAUACCUUCUCUUAAAAGGAGUUGAAGCAGUGGCCAUUCAUGGAGGCAAAGAUCAGGAAGACAGAGAAAAUGCCAUUUCGUCUUUUAAGGCAGGCGAGAAAGAUGUACUUGUUGCCACUGAUGUGGCCUCUAAAGGGUUGGAUUUUCCUGACAUUCAGCAUGUUAUUAAUUAUGACAUGCCAGCAGAAAUUGAAAACUACGUUCACAGAAUUGGACGAACAGGAAGGUGUGGUAAGACUGGAAUAGCAACGACAUUCAUAAACAAGAACCAGAGUGAGACGACACUUCUAGAUUUGAAGCAUCUAUUGCAAGAGGCAAAACAGAGAAUACCGCCAGUGUUAGCCGAGCUAAAUGAUCCAAUGGAAGAUGUUGAUGCCAUUACUAACGCAAGUGGGGUCAAGGGUUGUGCUUAUUGUGGUGGGCUUGGUCACCGUAUCCGUGAUUGUCCCAAGUUAGAGCAUCAGAAGAGCGUAGCUAUUUCCAGUUCGAGAAGGGAUUAUUUUGGAUCUGGAGGUUAUAGAGGAGAAAUAUGAUAGUUUAUGCAUUUACCUUUGCAUUAGGUGCUUAUGUCCCCACUAUGUGAUUUGGUAAUCAUAAACUUGUGCAAGUGGACGAUAUCAACAUGUAACAUCACCAAAUUAAAAAAAGAAAAGGAAAAAUAGUAUUUGGUAACAAUUUCAUUUCUUUUUGGCUGGAUACAAAGUUCAUUGCCAUUUGUUCCUAGCCUCAUUUUGCUUUCAGGGUUAUCUUUCCAUUUCUCUCAAACUCUUACCCGUGUGUAAUUAUAAAUAUUCAUGUAUAUCGCUUCUAGUUUCUUGAAGCAAAAUGUUCGUUUUAAGGAGGCAAGGGUGAGCCUCUUCGGCAUGGUUGAAACACACAUUUUGGCAUUUUGUUCUGUGGUUUAUAGCCUGUUCUUGCCUUGGCUUCCUUUAGUAGAGUUGACCCUAGCACUAAAACAUUUCUUGAAGCAUGCUGAAUUAAUCCCCAAGAUUGCACCAGCACCAGCAACAGCUUCUGAGGUCGAAUGGAAAACUGCGGUGGUGGUCUAGCUGCUACGGAGUUCAGAUCCUAAAAAUUUAUAGAUGUAACUUUUUAGUUACCCUUAGUAACAUUUAAUAUGUCUCGUUCUAUGAUUUUUCUUUUGCUAUAUAAGCUAGUGAAUGUAUCUUCUAGUACUUGGAAGUCACCGAUUCUGUUUAUUAUGUAAUAUAUUUUCAAAUAUUUCAAUUAGGCCGGUUCUGAAUUUUUUGGUGCCGUAGGAUCGAUCCAAUUGACCAAUUUGAUUCAUCCU